UGCGUCGCUUCGGCUUCUGUUCUCGGCUCCUAAAUUCUGAAUUUUAAAUUCUGAAUUCUACAUUCUGAAUUCUGGGUUCUGCUUGUGGUUCCUCGUCUAGUGCUGUGGUCACAGCGUAGUCAGUCUUCAGCGCAGCUCGAUAGCGAAAGAUGUGCGCCGGGAGCGGCGCUUCCAGUGCCACCGAACCAUCAAAUCCAAGGUCGCUGGGAUAGAAUAGCUCCAUAGAGUGCGGAUUGGCGCCAUGUGCUGCUGGUGUGCACGUGUCUACUGGACGGUACUGCACAAUCUCCUGGUUCGCCUGCUGGACAGCCUGAUGGAAGUGAGAUCGCCCGCCUUCUGUAGCUGCUGCUUUGGCUAUCAGCGGCAGGCCAGUCCGGAAAGUGACGUCGCAGAACGGGUUUCCAGCACCGACGACGAUCCACAUCAGCAGCCCCGCGGGGAUUACGUCAUUGUGGACGAUGCCGACGUCAACUACGCGGAGAUCGAGGAGCGGCAUGUGGAGAAGGAGCAGUACUACUUCACAGUGGAUCGACCCACGGCGGAGCGAAUGCUCCAUGGACGAGAGGACGGUUCCUGCCUGGUACGUCCCUUCAAGGCAGCCGACCAGUGCAUCCGGUACAUCGUGAGCAUCUGGGCGGCGGAUCAGUACUAUCACCUGUUCAUAAGGCAAGUGGACAGGAGACAGCGGUACGCCAUUGGGCAGAAGAAGUGCCAGGAGCGCUGCUUUGGUUCGCCCUCGGAAAUUGUGGACUUCUACACGGAGCACCCACUACUCUGCACCAACAAAGUCCGGAGCCAGUGCGUCCGGCUGUGUCCCAUCAGUUACGCUUAGCUAAGGGGGAAAAUCUUUAUUGCAUAAGAGUGGGGCAAGUAUGUACAAAUGGGGUUAGCUUAAGACGCUCAGGCUAGCUUAGGUUAGCUCAGGUGGCCACCACCGCCUUGAAGGCGCACUGGUUGUUCUGCAUCAGGGCGGGCCAGAGGAAGGCCUUUAUCAGAUCCGAUCGCCGGUCCGCCUGGGGAUGCCGCUCGUGUUUCUCGGGCCUCAGGAAGCCUGCAUGGGAUUUACGUAGAUUUAAUGACAAUCAAUUAAAGUUUGAUUAAAGCGCAGCUUAAGAACGCA